AUGAAAGGUAAUGAAACAGCCCAGAAGGUCAAACCUAAUCUAGUAUCUGGUGUUAUACGAAGAAUCACGUGGGCUUACUUAAGUCAAGACAAUGGACCAAAGUGUGUAGCCAUGGAUCCAAUGGUGGAAAUGUGA